GAAGAGACUCUGCAAAUCCUGAAGGAUUGGCGCGCGCUGCCCAAUGUACAGGUUGUCAGGUCUGACAAAAGCGCUGGUGUGGGGCCGGCCUUGAACUUCGGCUGGAAUCAUUGCCAGGGGCAGUACAUAUCCCGGCUGGAUGGCGAUGACAUUGCUCUGCCUUCUCGGCUGAGCCAGCAGCUGGGAUUUCUGGAAAAGCAUGCGUCGAUUGCCAUCCUCGGUGGAGGCUUCAGAACCUUCACGGAGGAUUCGGCAGGCUUAAAUCUCGGCGCGCGGCAAUACCGCUUUCCUUGUCACCCGCUUCUGGCGAGGUGGCAUAUGAUUUUUUCUUGCUCCCUGGCACAUCCGACUGUCAUGCUGCGUCGAGCAGCCAUACCCUUCAGGGAAGGCCCAUAUCCUGAGAACGAGGAGGCCGAAGACCACUGUUGCUGGCUGUCCAUGCCGCUGGAUGUACAGAUUGCAAACAUUGCGGACGUGGUCUGCCACAUAAGGAGACACAGCGAAUCACGCAGUGCUACGGCUGCCCAUCGGCUUCGGCAGUCCUCCUACGGUGCCGUGCGCGCCUUCUUGAAGCGCGAAUGCGCUGAAGACAACUUGACGGAUUCUGACAUUGCAGUGCUUUGGGGCAGCAAGGGUGCUUCCACGCCGGCUCAGGCUACAGCUGUGUCGCAUGCCUUGGACUCCCUGCAAGGCUGGUUCAACCGCAUCUUGCACCCUCAGCUGGGCCGCGAUCUACUGCCUGGGGCGUUUCGGAGCGACUUUCUGGACAGCCGAACAGCGGCGCUGGAAGAGUAUGUCAAGGCUUCGUGCAACAAGCUGCGAGGAACUCUGGCCGUUCAGUCCUUGGCAUCGGGUGAGGUGGACGUCGGUGCAGCGAUGAUGAAGCAAUGGCUCAAGGGGGGCGAUGCCGGCUUGAAGAGCUUGGGUGCACUGAUCCAGGCUGGCUACAACAGCCAAGGCUCCCAAUGA